AUGGGGCGACUACCCGCAGAUCGCGUGACUUCAAGGCGUCCAUUUUUUGUUACCGGCGUGGACUUUGCCGGACCAAUUACAACGUUGGUCAAUCGGGGCCGCGGCAGAAAAACUAACAAAUCUUAUAUUUCAUUAUUUAUUUGCUUCGCUACGAAAGCAAUACAUCUGGAGGCCGUUAGCGACUUGAGCGCGUCUUCAUUUAUUGCGGCAUUGAGACGCUUCAUCGGGCGUCGAGGCUGUCCGCAGUGCAUCUAUAGUGAUAAUGCGACCAAUUUCGUGGGUGCUAAAAAUGAAAUCUAUGACAUCCAAAGACUCAUCCAAGAACAAUUUCAGAAAUUAAAUGAUGAAGUUUGUGUAUCCAACAAUAUAGAAUGGAAAUUCAUUCCCCCGUCAUCUCCCCAUGUGGGAGGAAUUUGGGAAGCCGGUGUAAAAUCAUGCAAGUUCCAUUUGAGGCGAAUCAUCGGUGAGACGUUGUUGACUUUCGAGGAGUUGAACACGGCUUUGAUUCAGAUCGAGGCGUGUUUAAAUUCGCGGCCGAUUUGUCAAUCGCCUUCCACUCCUGUUGAUUUGCAGCCGCUUACACCGGGGCACUUUCUUAUUGAAGAGCCUCUGCCGGAGCUGGCGGAUAUUGAUACGAGUGACGCACCAAUUAGGUGGCAGUUGAUACAGAAAAUUAGGAGAGACUUUUGGAAUAGAUGA